AUGGCUCCCCAACUUCCCACCCGCAAGCUUGGCAAGAACGGCCCUGAGGUGACGGCUCUGGGUUUUGGCCUCAUGGGCCUCUCAGCCUACUACGGCAAACCGAAGCCCGAUGAAGAACGCUAUGCCAUGCUCGACCACGUCUACGAGGCCGGCGAGCGCUUCUGGGACUCGGCUGACAUUUAUGCCGACAACGAAGAUUUGCUGGGUCGCUGGUUCAAGCGAAAUCCGGGCAAGAGGGAGAACAUCUUUCUUGCCACAAAGUUUGGCAAUUUCGUCGACCCCACCACGGGGGCCCGCCAGGUCAGAAACGAGCCAGACUAUAUCAGAGCAGCGUGCGACAAGUCUUUGAGACGAUUGGGUAUUGAUCAGAUCGAUCUGUACUAUUGCCACAGAGUGCAAGCCAACCAGCCCAUUGAGAUCACCGUCAAAGUCAUGAAAGAGCUGCAAGAUGCCGGCAAGGUCAAGUACCUGGGUCUGAGUGAGUGCAGCGCCGACACUCUCCGGAGAGCUUGCAAGGUAGUGCACAUUGACGCUGUUCAGCUGGAAUACAGCCCGUUCUCCAUGGACAUUGAGAGUCCUCAAAUCGGUCUCCUCAAGGCUUGCCGUGAACUUGGAGUUGCGGUCGUGGCAUACUCGCCGCUCGGUCGAGGUUUCCUGACCGGAGGCAUCAAAAGCCGGGCCGACUUUGAAGAAGGCGAUUUCCGCAGCUUUGCACCUCGAUUCAGCGAGGAGAACUUCCCCAAGAAUCUCAAGCUGGUCGAGGAUAUCAAGGCCAUUGCUGACGAAAAGGGCUGCACUCCGGGCCAACUUGUCCUGGCAUUCUUGAUGGCCCAGGGAGACGACAUAAUCCCGAUUCCUGGAACCACGAGAGUCAAAAACUUUGAUGAGAACAUGGGUGCAUUGAACAUCAAAAUUACACCACAGGAUAACGAGAAGAUCCGGAAGGUCAUUGAUGCGGCUGAGGUACACGGUGCUCGGUAUCCUGAGGCUUUCUCUAAGGCUCUAUUUGUAGACACCGUGCCGCUGAAAGAGUAA